AUCAACCUAACGAGGAGAAAUCCGUACUAUUAAAUAUUUAUGCCAUUGAAAUAUUUGAAAAGUGUACAAAUCAUAAGGGGGGUGGGUUGUAUCGAAAAUAUGUGAAAUCUUAAAGAGUACUAUUAGUGCGUGUUGAAUAUAAUUUCAUACGAAAAAAAUUGUGCUAUUUAGGCAAAGAUACAAGUGGAAGUAAAUUGGUGAAAUGUUUGGUGUCUGAAGAAAGUCGAUUUCCGUAUUUUGAAGAAGUCAGUCACGAAGAAAAAAUUGUGUUUUUAUAUGUAACAAUUAUUUGUUCAAGAAAAGAGUGUACAUAAAAAAGCAAAGAGUAGACGAUAAGAUGUAACAAAAAAGCAAUCAAACCAAAAGAGCUUAUGUAUACUGGUUAAGUGAAUGCGAUAGCGUUUUGUAUAUGCAUGCGCGAGUGGGAUAGGAAACCACACUCAUCAAAUACCACAAAAUUGGAAGGAGUAGUUAAAGCAAAGGCGAUACAGUCAUGUUAUAUAUAAAUUUUGAACAUAUUUCUAUUUGAAAAAAAUUAUCGUAACUUUAUUCAUAUAGGACUAUCGAACAACUUUUAUAUAUUAUGCAUGGAGACCAGAGAGUAAGCUGACUUGCCAGUAGCCUGUACUUGUCUGAACUGCUAAUCUUAUAAUAGAAAAGUAUAAAUAGCCAGACUAAAAUGAACAUGGGUAUCGUGGGUAAAGCUGGUCCUGUUAAGAGCAACGGCAAGGGGCAUAUCAACCAUGCGUUAAAAUCAUUGCACGAAAUAAAUGAUAUUUUCUCUACAGAAGAUUUCUUUUCAAAAACAUCAUCUUGUCAUAAAUGUAUCAAUAACGCUGAUCCAUUGCACACCACAUAUAUUAAUCGCAGCACCAACAAAAGUCGAGAAGAGAAGAUUUUCAGGAAUUUCAGAAGUAGUACGAUCACUGGAAACAACACGAUUUUGGUGAACAAAAAGGCGAACAAAUCUAUACCACGAAGGGGGCUAGUGUCAAGUAUCCCGAUAACCAGUAAACUAGAUAGUGGUAAUGGUUUUAAAAAAUCCUUGCAGAGGCAAAGCGAGAAAAAAGUAACGACGUUCGCAGCAUCAACGUUACUAACUACAAAUCUCAUAGUUGACAGCAUUCAUGAUAUUGGAGCUGGGAAAACAGUCGAUAUAGCAUCAUCGAAGUUGCAUAUUAACAAACAUUUACAAAAAGGCAGUCAUCACAAGGUUAAAUGUCGUACUGGUAGAUUACAUCGAAUCCAAUCUAGGGUCAUUCAGACGACAGCGACAGAUACAGAAAAUGCAGAAGCGUCAAUAAAGUUUCCAAAUAAAUCACUUAUAUGCGGUAAAAUAUCAUUACGGUCGGUGCCCGCAUCUGAGUCAGCAAUGGAGCAAAUUUCGGGGUCUUUAACGAAGACAGCGUUAACACCCACGUCGACAUGGACGGCAGCAUUUGCAUUAUCGACAUUAGCACAAACUUUAUUAGACGCUUCUGUUAUUCGUCAAGCUUGGCAACAAUUUGUAAAACUUCUGCAGAAUUCUGUUUUAGGGUUAACUACUUCAUCCAGAGUGAAAACGACAAGCCUUAGCAUAGCAACGAAAAGUACUAGAGUCGUGAGUCAACUAGAAAAGACAGGAACCGCGACGGCAGCGGCACGCUGUAAAGCAGCUGCAACAUUUAUCUCGUCUUUGCACCCAUCGGGAAGCUCAUUGCGUACGAAAUUCCGGUUGCUUCCCAGUGUGGGAGCAACAUCGUUUUUUACAUUACUGACGCUCAUUUGUCUAGAGACUGUACUACUCUCUACCGUCUCCAAUUGCGCAAAAACGUUUUAUAUGCAUUGGAAUACGUCCAACAGUAUAUUUCGUAUAGAUAAUACAGACCAUAUAAUUGAUGUAAACAAAGGAAACUUAGCAUUCGAGUUCGAUCAAGUGCAUAUUAUAUGUCCCGUAUAUGAACCAGGCACCUUCGAAAAUGAAACGGAAAAAUAUAUAAUAUAUAAUGUAUCAAAAGUGGAGUACGAGACAUGUCGGAUAACAAAUGCAACUCCGCGCGUUAUAGCCAUUUGUGAUAAACCGCAAAAAUUAAUGUUCUUUACAAUAACAUUCCGGCCAUUUACACCACAGCCAGGUGGUUUGGAGUUCCUUCCUGGAAAUGAUUAUUAUUUCAUUUCAACUUCAUCGAAAGACGAUCUCUAUCGACGAAUAGGUGGGCGAUGCUCCACAAAUAAUAUGAAAGUGGUUUUCAAAGUGUGUUGUGCGCCUGAAGAUAAAAACAAAACGUUAAUAAACACUGGUAGCUCCAGCAGUUCAUCUUCUACUGGUAGCACCAGCGCUGGCGGUACUAUUAUUGGUAUAAACACGGCUGACGGCAAUGGCCUUACAACAGGUAUUGAUAAUGCUGCCAAUAUGGAUGUUGCCAGUACUCAGACCAAUAUAAAUCAACAUCAACAUAUGAGUAAUAUAAACACAAUUGGAAUCAAUGGGGUAAAUACAGGUUUAAUACCAAUCGGCGGUGUUCAUAUUGGCGUCAACAGCGCCGUUGGCGUAAGCAAUAGUGGUAUGCAAAUGAAACCGAUGAAUGGCGGUAGUGGUACAUCAAUCAAUACUAAUAUUGAUCAGUUCAAUCGUAUACCAAUACAAGCUGGCGGCAUUAACGUCAUGGGGAAUAAUGUUGGUGGACUUGGUGGUAUUGGCCUUGGUGGCCACGGCGGCGGUGGUAUUAUGCUAUCACCAGGAGGUCAAGGAGGCAUAAACAUGAUCUCGAGUGGUGUAGGUAUUGGUAUCGGUCAAUAUCCUGGUCACUCUGGACAGACUGGUAUACGCAUUAACAACGUCGCGUCCCAGCAACAUCAUGCAACGCAUAAGAACAAUAAUAAUGACGAUCAUUAUGACAAGCAUCCAAAUGAAGUAGUGAAAAAUGAGGAGUUGACCUAUAAUAGCGGGGCAGCGUCAAUGAAACCCUGGUCUUUUUGGACGACCAUUAGUACAGCAACAAGUUGGCUUGUCUUCAAUAUAUACAGAUGGUUAUUGAAACGAAGUAGAACCAUAGGAGGUAUAUUGUUUCUAUCGAGAUUUUCCAGCAAUUGUGAAUUCGGAGAAAGAUCACGGACGGCAGCACAACUACAGAGCGAGUAUAUUCAAAUUAAUACUAAACUGUUACAACUUUACCUGCAGUGCUUUGUAAAACUUAAGUAUUUAGUAUUUAAAUACUACGACUUAAUUAUCUCUAUCAAUGUAAUAGUUGCUGCAACUAUAUAUGGGUUACAAUUUGAUAUACAAAACACCACCAUGAAGGGUAAAACACCUCAAUUAAAAUUGUAUACAGCAAGGUGUGGAUCAAAGUCAAGUUCAGCUGGUAAAUUUGUAAUAGCGCCUCAUUUUACAAUCGCCAUAUGUAAUUCAAAAGUAAACCGAAAAUUUUUGUAUGUGCAUUUGUCUGGGUCUGUUAAAUCCUUAAGAUGUUAUUCGGCAGGUUUUAUUUUCUUAUUGCAUGAAAUUGGUAUAUCUCCUAAUGCAUCUACUCCUGUGACUAUUUCUGCGUUUAGUUCUAAAUAUUUUCUUAUAGUCAGGCGACAAGAAGACCAAAUUGCAUCAAAUACCGGCAUGCUGCAAAAUGCCAGUCUGUUACUGAUCAAAAAUUCCCGUAGUCAAAUAUCUAGUGUUAAUGUAAAAGUGAAAAGAUUUCGGUGAACAUUUUAAGAGAGGUGGAUUAUAAAAACGUACCAGAAAUUAAAGUUAAUAUUUAGAAUUAACCAGCUUCAGCGUUAAACAGGUAUAAUGAGGUAUAAAAAAUUAAAUAUAAUGUAUUGGUUAAAUGUUCUAAUAUUGUGGAUACAUGGUAAUUGUGUUGUAUAUACAUUUGCACCUAUCUCUACCCUAGCUUAACCGUUUGUACAUAUAUUUCUGCUAUUAUAAAAAGGUCUGUUUUUUUCUUGCUUUACCAAAACAAAAUUUCCUUACAUAUUUUGUUAAAUGUUUUGUGGAAAUUUUUGAUGAUAUAUGUAUACUUAUUUUUUUAACAAAAUGCAAAAAUCUUCUAAUGUCCAAAAAAAGCUCAGACCGCUAUGAUUUUAAACACGAUUGAAAAGAGAAAAUUGUAAGACAGCAACAAUUUAGCCUAAAAAAACUUUGUGAUGAGAAAUUUAGCAUUCGCUACAAAUCGAAAUGACUGCUGUCAACAGCUUUCCCUAAUACAGAAAAAGUAGUAGUGAUCCUUCUCCUGUCUUAAAAAGUCUUUAAAUUUUGAAUAUAUUAAUUAACAUGUCUGUGUUUAAAAAUAUACAUAUAUGAAGAAUAUAUGUAUGUAUAUUACUUCGAUUCUUAAUGAAAGGCAUUGUCUUCUCUUAGGUAAGGUCACAAACUGCAGCUGUCAUACAAAAUUUUAAAUCCAUAAUUUUACCUGUUACAUAAAGCCCACCACCACCAGAUUUUUGCAGUUUCAUUAAAAUAGCCACGAACUGGCAAAGCCUUAUACCAUGUUCCGACCAAAAAUUUGAAGUGACUGAAUUAUAUUUAAUCUAAUUGGAGAUCUUGAAAACAAAUGUUUUUUAGUAACAAAAAAAUUCUCAUCGUUUAAUAUUUCUGACAAGAAAACAUUGUGAUGUCGUAUUUGCUUGCAACAGUCGUCUUGCUUUAAAUAUUUUCCAUUUAAUGGAAAUAAUGGAAGCAUUUUUUGAUAUAGGAAGACUACAGAUGGUUGCUGAAAGACAUUGAGAAAACAGCCGUUAGCGUGCCAGCCUUUACUCUAAUUAUAUGAUUAAUUUUUUAAACGGUCAAUCUUUUGAUUAAUGAAGUCGAUUGGAAGGUUAAUUCAGAUGCAGUGCUUUAAAUUAAUUUGUUUGUUUACAUUUCUUUCUUCGAAUUUUAUUGUAUUGUUAGAACGUAUACACCACCAAUUGAUUCCCUUUCCGCAAACAAUUGCGAAUCUCCAAGCUUAUUUAUACCCACAAUCGUUCGGAGCAAGCAAUUGUUUUACCAUCUAAUCAAAUUUGAUCAAAAUUGAAUUCAUACAACGUCCGGUGUGUUUAACGUUUACUCACACUGCGCUCAAAAGCACAGCGGAUUAAAUCAAUGCGUUGAUCAGCGCCCUGAGAAUGCUAAGCAUUUUCAGUACCAAUUAGCAUUGUGGAAUGGACACACUUACCACCUUGGUCGGGUUCGAGGCCCAACUAAAACCUCUGCCGUACUUUGGGUUCGGCACCCGGUUGCAAUGCAACUCCAAAAUUAAGUGACAAAGUGUCAGUUCUUCCCUCAUUCGAGUUUCAACCACAACCACCACGAUACUUCCCGGGGGGCCAGCCCACAUGAGUAGAUUGGAGCGAACUCCAAGAGCUCCUGUUCCCGGUGGUGCCUGAAGCCGAAAGUACUACCAGUUCAGCUUCCUUACUGCUCAGGACUGGUGACCAGGGGUUGGACUUCUCACGCACACCCCAAUAACCCAUGUUAACGCGAAUACCUUACACCGCUAACAUUUAAGUCCCCAUUAGUCCAGCUAAUCCCCAUACCCUCAAGAUCCCUUACGUCCGCGUACAUCGGGCAACUCGCAAUAACAUGAACCCAGUCUUCAGACCGUACAAUGUUGCAUCGAUACGAUUUGCCACAAUAUUAAUGACACAAGCUACAUACAGGCCCAUAUGCCGAACAGCAUUAAAUGCCUCCCAUUUUACCUAUGACCGCCUGCAUGCCCUCCUUCAUUCUCACCAAGUGUGGUGUAAAACACAUUCUUUCACUCAUGGUCAGCUCCAGAUAUUUGACUCGCCGUCAAUCGGUGGACGAACCGGCAACAAUCUGCCCUUAAGCAGCAUUGUCCCAGUUUUUUCCAUCGAUUUGUCCACCCUCUCACCCAAGUAUUUAUAAUUUCUAAAAAUUGUCCCCCGCCGCAGAUCGCAAGCGACCUUUAACAAGUAAAAGAAGAUCAUCCGCAUUUGCGCAACACUUACCGAAUGGUUCGAGCUGCCCAAGCAGGGAGUCCAUCAUGAGAUUCCAAAUAUGUGGAACAAAAAUGGAAUCCUACAGGCAACCAUGAAUCACUCCAAUCUCCACUCUUCCACUCAUGCCGGUAAGAGAGGCCUUUCUGUCUAAAAAGUAGCUCCUUUCGAUUUCUAAACACCCAAGUUCCUCCAGUGGUUGUAUCACUCGAUCCUUGCUUAGGUAAUCAAACGUCCUCUUGAAUUCAACAAAUAUGCCAAGGACAUAAUUGCUGACGCUCUCAUUAACAAAAUUCGUAAAACCAAUCAUCCUCUACACUGCGUCCUUCCCUAAACCCAAACUGCCUAUCCGACCACAUACGCCGCAUUAGCUCCUGCCGCCGUCACAUCAUAACUCUUUCCAUCACUUUUCCAAGUACUUACCCUUCAUUAGCCUGACAGUUCUCCUCUUCAAGGUUAACUCACGCAACUACUACUUAAGUUUUCUAGUCAAAAAAUCAUUCACACCUCCUAAAAAUCCUAUCACUAAACCCCCACAGUACCUUAUAAAGACGAGCAAUUUUCUCAUCCACCCCCAACUCCUCAAAAACCAUAAUUUGAAUCAAUUUGAAUUAUGAUCACUCAAUCCUCUUCCUCACUUAAUCUUCCACCUAACACCAAAUGCCCUGCUUGCUACCUCAUUCAUAAACGUCAUGUUAAUAUCACUCACACCCCAGACCCAUCAAAAGUAUGCCUUUCACUGGGAUCAUUCACAAUGUGGAGGCUAUUGCCACCACCCAUUCACUUAAAGUCUCACCUUGAUUGUGGCUCCGAUAUCCAGACAAAUGCCGGAAUACCUUACUGAACCACAUCAAGUACGAGGCAUUUGCAUCUAACCCCAGGUUAAUGGACUGCUACCUACAAAAAUAGCAGCAUAUCCAUGUAUCCCAGGUAGGGGUCUAGAGGCUCGCUAAAUUUGCAGUACAAACUAGCCACAACCAUUCUACCGAACACCCCCUCUAUAGCUACACAAACACCCAGCUGUGAAGAAUCCAAAACUACACAAUCAUAGCUUGGAUUAUUCACAACUAUUGCAGCAUUAACCUUAAGGUCCGAAAAGACCCUGAAACCUCCAGAAAGAUUCCUAACCACACCAUUAGUGGCGUAGGGCUUCUGGAGUAAGGCAAUACUACACCCAUCCUCAGUCAUGCAACCCCUCAGCUCACACAUUACGGCAUAUGAGCUCUGGCAGUUUAACUGGGAGAUCCCUUUCAUCAAUGUCUGGCAAGGGCGUGCUCAACGAUGCCACAGUAAAUCGGGCAGACAGCUGACAUCAUCAGAUGCCCAGCUGGUCUACCCUUGAGUGCACAGUUGCGGCAAUGUGGUGCAUUGACACAACCGGCAGUCGUAUGGCCUUUUAACCGCACCUCCGGCAGACAUCGGAUUUUGCCCUACAAUCAGCCACCCUAUGGUCGAAACCCAUACACCGGAAGCAGCCCGCGACAGGGCUAUCCUGCCGCACCCGGAAGGAGAACCAUUUAAUAUAGCACCUACCAGCCUCCAGGAGAGCGGGCAUCAUUCUGUCCGUACCCUCCAGGACAACAAUGGUGCUACCCUCAGAAGCCACCUUCCAGGGGCGACUGACCAUCCUCACUUCAGACCUCUGGGACGCCGAAAUUCAGCCAGAGUAACUCUUCCAUGAAUACAUCAUGGGAGUUCUCCGUAUGAACUCCCUGAACUACAACCCGAGGACCCAAUUUCCGGUUGACACUCACGUCCCCACCUCCCCGAAUUUCUUGUUAUUCGCAACCUUUUCCCUCUCUAUAACGAAGAGAAUGCGAAUAACCGCCACACCACCCUUAAGGGCCGUACUUCAUGGAUCCUCUCUCCCAGUGAAGGACCCAGCUCUUUUUCAACUUUCUUAAUAACUUUCUUAGAGGAACUACCGUCACCAAGAGUGCCUCAUACUUUAAGGGAAACUCCUUCGCGGCUUCCUUCUCAAAAUGCUUCGCACCAAAAAUCAACUCACUUAACUUCCCAUUUAAACCUUUUACAGCCACAACAUGGCUGAGCGGCCUGCCCAGGUCCUCCUGUUACACGGGCAACUGAACGGCAGACGCUCAGCACAACUCUCACCGACAGGCAAUUCUGCCGGCAAAGAAUACCAACAACAAGGUAUAGUAUUGAAACAACUAAAACCGAAUCACAGCCCAUGUAACUCAAUCAGUAACGAAAAACUACUUGCUCCUACAAACACUUUGCCCUUCACUCAUUAUACAAAACACCUGCUCUGCUCGUUUUCAAAAUUCAAAUUCAAAAAAAACUAAGAAAACUACCUGCUCCUACAAAAAUUUUGCCCAUAGCCACUAUGCAAUAUAGAAAAAAAAAACCUACACUAUUCAUUUGAAAAUUAUGUGUGACACACGAACCUAACUACUUGAAAAUAGAGAAAGCUACUAGAAUGAACGAGACAUUUUUGUAUGUACAAAUACAUGCACAUACACACAAACAUGUUCACAACUUGUUUUUUUCUCGCCACCUAUAAUUCUAAUUCCGAAAAAAUUAUUAAUAUUAUUCUCGUCCUCUCCAUUAGAAUUUGUUUGUUGUUCUUCUGUGGUAGAUUUUUGUUUAGUUUUUUUCUCUUUGUUAGUUGCUGCUGCUGAAGCUUUCUUUGUGAGUGUUUUAUCUGUUUUAGUUGGCUGUACGUCGUUCUCAACCAGAAAUAUGCUGUGUUGACCUCAACUGGAUACACGUAUGAUACCUGUUGACGACAGCCUAACCCCACAGUACUCAAAAGUACAACGAAUGAAAUCAAAAUGUCAGUUCGACCCGCAUUUGUGUAUAAACCGCAACCACCACGAUACCCCCGGGGGGCCAGACCGCACAAGAAGGUUGAAGUAAACUCCAAGGGCUCCUGCUCCCCGUGGUACCAGAAUUAAGUCUCCGGUCAGAUCUCGUAGCCGAAGCUAUUACCAGUUGAGCUUCCACACAACUCUGGACUGGUGACCAGGGGUUGGACCCCAUACACACACCACUCAUACAAAAUCUAUCCAUAACUCCCAGCUAAACGUAUUCGCCGCUAAAUAACUCAGGCGCAUACAGCCCUAACAGAACGGUAUUACGACUAGUGGAGAUCACACUAUUAACAUCUAAGUGCCCAUUAGUCUAGUUAAUCCCCAUACCCCCAAAAUCCUUAAUAUCUGAGUACAUCGAGAGUUCUGUAAUUACAUUCACCCAGUCUUCACCACCCGCCCCACAAAAACACCCCGACCUAUACGAAAGGCAUCUCUGAUGCAAAAAUGCAUUCAAAGGCCCAUGCCCCGUAAGCAAAAACCCCAGCCUCAAACGAACACGGAAGUCCGGGUUACAGUCAACAAACUCAAAGUCCCGAAUGUACUCAUAAGUCACUCGCCCCAACGUUCUUGCCACCUGACCCUAUCACCUAGAAGCCUCCUGAUCCCUAAAUAUCCCUCGCUCUCCACAUCAUCAUCGGAGAUCCAAUCACACAGCAGCAAUGAAACACUCAAGCCCUUCUUAACCUGAAUACAACAGCACGCUGUAUAACAAUCAGGUCAAGAGGAGGUCCACAUAACAAAACUUGUAAAGCCCACUUCGAAACAGUGCGACUUACUGGCAGACAUGCAAGCAUCAUACAACGUUGCACCGAGAAGAGUUUUCGGUGACUCGAGACGGCCAUCGCUGUGUCCCACCAUAUAGCAGCUCCAUAAGUGGCACAAACUACAAACAAGUCACAAUAUAUGGGGCGAACAGCACGACGCCCGCGACCACAAUCACUCCUCAAGAUGCGUCGUACUUUGCCUGUGACCGCCAGUAUGCGCUCCUUAAUCCUAACCAAGUGUGGAGUAAAACACAUCCUUUCACUCAUAGUCAGCCCCAGAUAUUUUACUUGCGUCACAUAGCUGAUGUGAUCAAUCUACAUUUCAGCAGCAUUGCCACCGUUUUAUCCAUCGAUAUAUCAACCCCCACAUCUAAACCCCAAGAAUUUACAAUUUCUAAAAAAUGUCUUCCCGCCCGUUCUAAUUCACACCGCGAAUGACCUUCAACCAAAAGAAGAAGAUCAUCCGCAUACGCACAACACUCCCAACGAUGAUAACAGAGUGUCACCAACGCGAAGAGAGGUGGUAUCCUGACUUCUACGACCCCAGCAGAUCUUAUAGACCUGACCCCAAGGGUCGUUCAUAUUCGUCCUCUCAAAACUCUUCCACUCAUCUACCUUAAUUUUGACUAACAUAUCCUUAUACUCCCUCAUCACACAACUAAAUUCAUACCUAAGCUGGGACAACCUAUCCGAAUUUGAUCGUCAGGCGCGUUGAAACUUUCGCCUCAAUCGCCUGACAGUAGUCCUCCUUUUCAAGAUUUACUCACGCGUCCACCACUUAAUUUUCCUAACCCUAGAACACUUAUACCUCCCAAAAACCCUAUCAUUAAACCCCCAAAAUUCCUCAUAGAGACGAGCAAUUUGCUCGUCCAUCCCCAACUCCUCAAAAACCCUAAGCGGUAUUUCCAACACCGUUUCCCUAACCGAGAGUCCAUAUUAGUUCUAGUCAAUACCAAUGGUACGCCAUCGCUGCAAUGGACUCUCAUAAAGCGAAGGAGGGGAUUAUGGAGCAACCAUAAUUUGAAUCAAAUUAAGAUCACUCAAUGCCCCACCCUCUGUUGACCUCCCACCUAACAUCAAAGGCCCUACUUGCUGCCUCAUUCAUAAGCGUCACGUCAAUAUCACUCACACCUCUAGCCCCAUUAAAAGUAUACCACUCGCUGGGCUCAUUCACAACGUGGAAGCCAUUACCACCACCCAUUCACUUAAUGCCUCACCUCGACUGUGGCUCAGAUAUCCAGACGUUUGCCUGUAUACCUUACUAAACUACAUCGAGGACGAGGCAUUCGCAUCCAACACCAGGAUAAAUGAACUACAAUGUACAAGAAGUAGCAGCUUAUCCAUGUAUGCCAGGUAGGGCUCUAGGGGCUCGUUAAAUUGCAGUAUAAAUUAGCAACAACCAUACCGAACACUCCCCUAUAGCAAUACAAACACCCAGCUGUAGAAUUAGCUGACAUCAUCAGAUGCCCAGCUGGUCUACUCUUGAAUGCACAACUCACACAUUACGGUAUAAGAACCCUGGCAGUUUAACUGAAUAACCCCUCCCUUCAGAUUUAAGCAGCCAGCGACGGAGCUAUCCGGUCGCACCCGGGAGGAAAACCACUUGAUGUAGCACCUUCUUGCCUCCAGGACAGCGGAGAUCAGACAAGCCGCACAAGGGCUGGGGGCGUAGUCAUCGGUACCAAUGAGGCCGGCAUUGACUUUUCCGGUGACGAAGAGUACGUCUCCAAACAUUCUCUAAGAGCGUCGACUCGUCCGCGAAUAUGGGAAUUCUAGGUAAUGACCGCCAUUAGGAGUGCUUCAAAUUUUGAUGCAAGCUCCAUGAACCCGUUCGCGGUCCUCUUUCGAAUUUUGUGGCCCCGAAUACCAAACCACUUAUUUCCCCCGUUAUGAGCUUUACGGCCGCAACAUGGCUCACUGCACCGUACCCAACAAAAACACUUGCCCUCAAACCAUCCCCCUUGCUACCAGCACCUCUACUAGCGCUCGCAUUGCUAGCGCCCGCUUUCCUCGUACCCGUAUGAGCGUACCCUAUGUAUAUUUCUUUUUCGCCGGUAUUUGCGGAGUGAGCAACCGCUUUUUCAGCGGUGCCACCUUUACCGCUACCACUACCACUCCCGCCCUUACCCGCCCCUUUCGCUUCUCCACCCAACGUGGAAUCGUCUACUACUGAAAAAGGUUUACUCGCCCAGAAAACACUCGGGGUCACUAACUCGAGCAACAACACUACUAUCGUGUACUUCUGCCGAUUGCACACGCUCCAGGCAAUAACGGUGCCAACUCGACUGGGUAAACGAAUCACCACACAAAUGAGAAUACCCGAAAAUCACAAGAAAAAAGUCACUAUGAAAAUUGCACCUAUCCGUCGACAGUCAGCUAAUUGAAUACCACAAUAUUUUUAUGUUCUUGUAAAGAUUGAUCUCGAAACGAAACGACAUAUUUUUGUUAAGAUUGUUCUCGAAAAAAAAAUCCACACCAAAAUUUGUCUGCCGACUUUUACCAUGCAAAAAUAUUUAACAACGAUUUUGCUUAAUAUUUUUGUGUUUCACUUAACCAUAUAAUUUUAUCAUGCUCUUUUGUAUUGGUUAGAGCGUAUACACUAACACCUGAUUCCCUUUCAGCAAUCAUUGCGAAUCUCCAAGCUUAUUUAUGCCAGGCCUGAAAUUGCUUUACCAUCUGAUCAAAUUUGAUCAGGAUUGGAUUGGAGCAAUCUUCUUUAUGUUCUUGUAAAAUUGAUUUGCAUAUAACUUACGAUUAUCACCACUUUCAGCAUGAGUUUGGUAAUAUUUACGAUGAAAAUUAAUAAAUGUUAUAUUAGCGUAAAAACGCAACUUUUCACGUCAUACGCAGUAUGUGUAUAAUCUACUGUCUACUAAAGGGAGCAUUUAGUUUAUUCUAAGAAAAGAACAAACAUUUAUAAUAUAGAAAAAUAAACACAAAAAAAAGAAAACCCAUAUUAUUUUGUACAAGACUGUAUAUAUAUAUAUCUAUCUAUGCCAUUAACUUUUAGUAUUUAUGUAUGACAUCAUUCUUGUAGAUCAUUUUUUUUCUAUUGUGUAAUUACUUAAAAUGGCAGCAACAUAAUAGAAGAUGUUUUAAUAAUUAGGACCAGUAGACAUAAAUAUCUAAUCUAAUAAAUGCCUAGCUUGUAUGUAGACUUAACCAGAUUUAAGUGAUGGGCUAUACUGGUGGUAUGUCUUCAGAAAAUCUACUUAAAAAAUAUUGCAAACUGCAUUGUUCGUAACAUGUGAAAUUUAAAUACCACUCUGUGAGACUUUGUUUUAUACAUACAAGAGGGACUUCAUCCUAUAUAAUCGCAGUAAUAUAUAUAUUAUAUAUAACUCAAAAUAAUAAAAUAAUUUAAAAUUAACGCUAACAUUAAGAAAAUAAUAUACUCUUAAAGAUAUUAACAAUAACGCAAAUAUUCGUUAUUUUCUAACAGUUUGUUAUUGGCGAUUUUUCAGAUUUAAUAAACACUGUAUUGAAACUGCUCAACUGGUAUAAAUACGCUAGAACUGUCUUCUAAGGAGAAAUUCAUAUAAAAUCGUUAUUCCAUUGUUAGUUAUUAUUGUUCCUAAAUUUUUGAGGGCUGAAAUACAGUAUUUAAAGAGCAAUGUCUUUUAGCUUUGAAAAUUGUGUCAUAUAUUUUUGACUUGAAAUUUUAAAAUACUUUGCUUAAGGGGCUAUACCAGUGUGACAGUUUAUAUAAUAUAUCCAAAAAUAUUCUGUGGAAUCGGCAAGGUCGUAUCUUGAAUAAUUUUUGUAUCAUGGAUAAAUGGAUAUGAAACUCUUUGAUUCGAGAGAGAGCUGUCCAAACACCCAUUUUUUUUAACAUUUGCCGAUGAUGCCACUGCUGAAAAAUAUUAGAUUGGGCAAUUUAAGUAACUUUUGGGUAUUUUGCAAUUUCCACACUACCACUGAGGUAUGUUAAUGUUAUUAUUUUUGGGUGCUCGGUUCCCCAGUAGGCCUAUAUCAUCCACAUACAUAUAUAAAUAAUUUUACAAACAACCGACAUCUAAUUCGACAGGAUUUCAACAACGCACUAAUUUUGGCAGUUCGUUUUAGCGCUAUUCUUCUGGCAUCCCGCCUUUCUCACUAACUGCUGAUAGACGAUACGCGGAUUGUGUUUUGUUGCCAGCUCAGAAAAAAGAUCAGAGUCCGCUGCCAGCUGACAAGCGAGAGAACAGGAAAAGAGUUUCUCAUCAAUUUAUCUAUGUUUUGGAUGACAGCCUUCUAAAGAGCGACCGCUCGCAGGUACAAACAUACAUAUAUAAGUGAAACUUCAAACGCGUUUUUCUCGAAACGACAUUUUUCAAAAUUGCUGACAUCAGAACUCAACGAGAAAUUGACCGAUCGACCGAUCAAAUUAAAACUGAGUAUUGUUGAAUAUAUUUACUAUGCAAUGACCUAUGAUCUUUUUGAUUGGUUGAAAAUUCUCAAUUUGGCAUUAAAAAAACGACCAUUUUUUACCUAAAAAAAAGAUUUUUUUCUUUUCAAAAUUACGCCAUUUUGUUAAUUUUUGAUAUUUUUCAAAGAUCGUAGGUCAUUGUAUAGGAAAUAUCUUUAAGCUUAAUAAACCUUUUGAACGUUUUUGUUUCAGCUACCCAUUCGGCCGGUAUCAUGUCAGCACUUGGGCACUUUUUUUUUGGCACCUCCGAAGACAGCAUAUAACUCCGUUAUUUUUCAAUAUUUUUGUAAAAAAAAAAAUCUUAAAAUAUUGCUGAAAAUAUACCUUAUUUCGUACAAAGAAGUUCGAAACAUUCGAUCGAGUACUUUUUUUUUAAAUUCACGAAAAUCGCCUAAUUUCUCAUGCGUUACACCGGUAUAGCCCCUUAAUACAGUUUUGAACUAUAAUUGUUCUCAUAUAAGAUGGACCUAAUUGGACGGGUGUGAAUCUCUCCAAAUUUUUCCAUGCUGAGACGUGUAUUGAUUCUACUUCAUAAUGGUUUUACUUGAAUCUUUGACACCAAUUUUAUUUUUAAACCAAAUAAAUCGGAUUUGGCUAAUUAUGUCUCCAUAAAAAUAUUUCAAUAAGUAGUGAACGCCCCAUGUGACACUGUUAAUCAAACUGUUUAUUGUAUUGAACAGGCGAUGAUUUUGAUUGAACUCCGAUCCCAAAUUACUUUCUACAGAACUCUUUUUGUGGUGAGCUCAAGGCAAGAAUUUGGGCUGAAUUCAUGGCUAGAGCCGAAAUGGUAAAAAAAUAAUAAUAAUGGAGACAAAGCAAAAUAUUUCAUUGUUGACAAUAAUGAUGAUCGCACUUAAUUGGUGUAAAGGGUUAGUUGCAGUCAGAGACAUGAAAAAAAAUAAAUAAAUUUAAAUACUUUUUUUAGCCAGUAAAUUAUUUUAUUUUUUAAAAGUUAACACAGAAUAGCAUUGAAUAAGGUUUCUACUUGACUUGAUAGAUAUUUCUUUUUGAAUCAGCUCCAACUGAAGCUCCUUGGGAUUACGAUCACUAACCCUUGGAGAUCCAUCUAAAAUAAAACGGACAAAAACAAAAAGUUUUAUUAAUAGAUAAUCUAAGCACUAGGCAAAAGCUGUACAAACUUCAUUGAAAUCUACCGAACUUUUGUCUAGGUACAGUUUAAAAAAACGUAGUUUUGAGGAAACGCAUUAGAAUUUUUAUAUUCAAUUCGCCUAAAGUGAUAUAAAAACUGCACAUAAUGAAAGAGAAAUGACGAAUAGAAAAUGGCCAAAUUAAAACAUGCUACUAUACAAAACAAAGCAAAUAAACCUCGUAUUAAAUCUUGGGGAUAUCAGAUGUAAUAUAAUAUAUAUUUAAUAACGUUAACAAUGCUUGCUAUAAUUUCUUGGUAAAAGAUUCAAUUCAGGAGUUUGUUAAUAAAACAUAGUGUUCAUUAUAUUGUAUUAUUCAAAAGCUGAUGAAAACCUAUAAUUUGCUUUAUUUAAACUAAGAGAAAUGUGUAUAAUCAAGCAUAUGCUUUAGACUUAUACAUAUACAUAUUUAUCCGAUUUUAAAUUUUUUGUUACAUAUACACUUUACAUACACGCAUCAUCUAUUUACAUAAAAACCCGUACUAACCGUGUAGAUAACAGUAGUGCAUACUAACGCUAACAAAACGCUAAUUUAGUAAAUUAACAUUCAUUGAUGGAAUUAGAAAGAAAAAAUCAAGGCAGUAUUAAGUUUUAUGUGAAGCACUCUCGUUGAGGGUAAGUAGGAUAUGGUUAAAACUGCGAUUCAAGCAGUUGUCGUUGUUUUCACACUGUAUUGACCAAAUCUUAAUUAAAAUGUCUAAUGUAAUGUAAAAUGUUAUAGAAAACGGUAGCUGAGUUACCGCGAAUAAUAUAACAGACACAGGUGUUUUUCUUUGGCGUCGUUAGCAGUCUAUCACAAAGUUUGAAAUAUUUUUACAAGUAUAAGUACUUUAUUUUAAUGACAAGUACUAUAUAGAAUAGAUAUUUACAUAAUCAUAUUUGCGUAUUAAACUUACUAACAAAUUGUGCGCAUGAAUACAUACAGUCAGCGUCGUAUGUCUACAAGCAGCUAAUACAAAAAUUUUUUUUUAAAUAACUAAUUUAUUGAAUAAAAUUGUAUUGUUCUUAUUAAAGAUGACUUCAAAGUGUGUAUUUUUAUUUUACGCGAUAAGUUUUACAAUUUUCACCCGCCUCUGUGCAGCAAAAAACGCACGUCAACAAACACAAGGAAGGUUCGACGUCGAGAAGCUGCAAUCACAACAGACAGCCGAACGAUUUACUAGGCUUGCACUCCUGCUCUCUGAGAGCACUCGUCAACAACUCGGUAUAAGGGAACUGUGGGACGGCAUUUCAAACUCCUUACGUACAGCUGCAACCGAAACCAUUGGUUUUCGAAAAGUACAAAAGAACAGCUGGUACGGCGAGGAGUAACGUGUCGCAGCGGAGAGAAAACAGGCUGCCUACCUCGCAACGUUACGAUCGUUCACAACACGUGCGGGAUGGGAUAGAUACCGAGAGUUGAAGAGGAAAGCGAGACGCAUUUGAAGACAGAAAAAGAAAGAGACCGAAAUGCGUGAGUACGAAGAGCUUGAUAAGCUGGUCGACAGGGGUAGAACUCGAAAAUUCUACGAAAAAUGCGGCGGCUUACAGAAGGUUUCAAGACCGGAGCAUACUCUUGUAGAACCCCCAAUGGUGACCUAGUGACCGAUGCCAAGAGCAUACCAAAAUUAUGGAGGGAACACUUCUUCAGCCUGCUGAAUGGCAGUGAACGCACAACACCAGGAGAAGGCGAACCCGAUUCCCCAAUCGAUGACGAUGGAGCAGACGUUCCAUUACCCGACCAUGAAGAAGUUCGAAUAGCAAUUGCCCGCCUGAAGAACAACAAAGCGGCAGGGGCCGACGGAUUGCCGGCCGAGCUAUUCAAACACGGCGGCGAAGAACUGAUAAGGAGAAAGAAUCAGUUUCUUUGUAAAAUAUGGUCGGACGAAAGCAUGCCCAACGAUUGUGUGCUCAAUCCACAAAAAAGGAGACCCCACAAUCUGCGUCAACUACCGUGGGAUUAGCCUCCUCAACAUCGCAUAUAAGGUUCUAUCGAGCUUAUUGUGUGAAAGAUUAAAGCCCACCGUCAAAAAACUGAUUGGACCUUAACAGUGUGGAUUUAGACCUGGAAAAGCAACAACCGACCAGAUAUUCACCAUGUGCCAAAUCUUGGAAAAGACCCGGGGAAGAAGAAUCGACACACACCACCUCUUCGUCGAUUUCAAAGUUGCUUUCGACAGCACGAAAAGGAGCUGCCUUUAUGCCGCGAUGUCUGAAUUUGGUAUCCCCGCAAAACUAAUACGGCUGUGUAAACUGACGUUGAGUAACACGAAAAGCUCCGUCAAAAUCGGGAAGGACCUUUCCGAGCCGUUCGAUACCAAACAAGGUUUCAGACAAGGUGAUUCCCUAUCGUGCGAUUUCUUUAACCUGCUUCUGGAGAAAAUAGUUCGAGCUGCAGAACUUAGUAGAGAAGGUACCAUUUUUUAUAAGAGUGUACAGCUGCUGGCGUAUGCCGAUGAUAUCGAUAUCAUCGGCCUCAACGCCCGCGCCGUUAGUUCUGCUUUCUCCAGACUGGACAAAGAAGCAAUGCAAAUGGGUCUGGCAGUGAACGAGGGCAAAACGAAAUAUCUGCUGUCAUCAAACAAACAGUCGUCGCACUCGCGACUUGGCACUCACGACUUGGCACUCACGUCACUGUUGCCAGUCAUAACUUUGAAGUUGUAGAUAAUUUCGUCUAUCUUGGAACCAGCAUAAACACCACCAACGUCAGCCUAGAAAUCCAACGCAGGAUAACUCUUAGGCAAUUGAGAAGCAAAGUCCUCUCUCGACAAACAAAAACCAAACUCUAUAAGUCACUCAUGAUUCCCGUCCUGCUAUAUGGUGCAGAGGCUUGGAUGAUGUCAACAACUGAUGAGUCGACGUUGCGAGUUUUCGAGAGAAAAUUUCUUCGAAUGAUUUAUGGUCCUUUGCUCGUUAGCCACGGCGAAUAUUGCAUUCGAUGAAAUGAUGAGCUGUACGAGUUAUACGACGACAUUGACAUAACGAAAACACUCCAGCUCUGAAGGUGUUCGACGCUGUACCCGCCGGGGUAAGCAGAGGAAGAGGAAGACCUGCACUUCGUUGGAAGGAUCAGGUGGAGAAGGACCUGGUUACGCUUGGAAUAUCCAAUUGGCGCCACGUGGCGAAAAGAAGAAACGACUUGCGCGCUAUUGUUAACUCGGCUAUAAUCUCGUAAGCGGUGUCUACGCCAAUUAAGAAGAAGAAGAAGAUUUAUUGUUGCUUUCAAAAACUGCAAGUUGCCGAUGCCACUAUCUGACAUACAAUCGCAGAUAUAAAAUGUAACACAACCACCAUUCAUCACAUUGAUUGAAAAAAUUUAUAACGCGCACUAUAUCCUUUAAGUACCGAGCGCUUGUAGACUUUUGAUCGCUUCGAUAGUUAUCUUCAGAAAUAAAAGUGUCGUUAUCUCAUUUAUUUUGCGAACAUAUGCACACAAAUUUGGCAUCGUAAUUUUACUGUUAUGUAUGAUAAAAAUUAAAUUUGAAUUCAAUAAAUUAUUUAAUUUAAAAAAUAUUUUUGUAUUAGUUUUUAGUAGACUUAUGACGAUGGCUGUAUGUAGCAUUGCUGGUUACAAUCAAAUUAUGUGUACACAUCCAUAUGCACACAGUAAAUGGAAAAGUAAAACAUUUUUUUAAUAACUUAAGCAAUUUAGAACGACUUGUGUUGAGCAUGAUAAAACGGCCCUAAUGUGAGAAGCGGCAAUAAGCGUUACUUUAUAAGUGAAUGGUGUAAGUUUUAGCUUAAAAAUAGUAAGUAUAAAGAGAUGGAAGAAGACGGUGCUUAAUAAUUUAGGUAUUUGAGGCAAAAUAAUAGUAAGAAACUUUUAAAAAUGUAAGUCGGAAAGUCCCAAACGGGGCUAAGAACAGCUAUACAAGGUUCCCUUUUGAUUUCGUUCCUGAUUUAAAUGUGAACGCAAAAUUGUACUACGAAUAGUAAACAACUUUUCUGUAAUAUAAUAUAAACUUAUUAAAAUUAUAUAAGAAGAAAAUAUAACAAGAAACCCGCAGCUAUUGUUAAUAUAUAUUUUUAAAUAUUUAUAAUUAUGAAUGUUUUUUAAGAAAUUUAAAAUAAAAUACCUAUAUAUGAGUUAGACUGAAACUUUUUUAAACAAAUUUUCGAAACCUUAGGCCUAUUAUUUUCUUUUGCCCAUCCAGUAUAUUAUUAUAUCUCAUAUAUGUAUGUUCUUUUUGUUAAUAAGCCAUUAUAAAAAAUUUGUAUUAAGAAUGUAAUCUUUCAUCAAGAGGUCGUCUCAGUGUGACCCUCCGAAAAAUCACUGAUUUUCGCGAUUUUUGUUUUUAAUGUUGAAACUAACUAAUCGGUCUGGUCUUUUUUAUAAAUGAUUCAUUCAUUCAUAACAUUCAUGACGAAUACAAAAUUAUUGUUUUUAUGUUUAUUUAUUGGGUGUAUAAUAAAUAAAUAAAUUAUUGAAAUGACACGUAAAAAAAGGUCCUGUACGAUGUCCACGAUUGCGGCCGCAAUUUUAAUUUAAUGAAAAAAUUUCAAAAAGAUUAUUAAUCUGUAGGAAAGUCGCUAUCGCGCUAUAGAAGCUCGUUUUUUUUUGUUUUGAAAUUUGACGAAAUGGUGGCGGUUUGAACAAAAUGUAUCGAAGUUAGCCAAUUUUUUCCAUUGUUUUUCGUAGAAAAAGAUAAGAAGAUUUGGAAAAGAGCUUCCAUAGCGCGAUAGAGAAUGACAUUAAACAUGUUCUUUCAUAAUUGAAACUAGAUAUCUUCAAAACUCUUCGCUUGAGAGUGGAAACCGUUUUGAAAACCACCAGUUUGAGAACAACGCGUUUAAAGACUGGUCGCUCCGUUCCCUACUCUGUUCCGUUUCUACAAGAAAUGCUGUAGCGACCGCAAUAAUUUCAGUUUCGAUUUCUAAAUUUGAUAGAAUGUUUAUUAUAGUGUAUAUUAUCCGAUAAUGCAACAAAAAAAUGAUUUUUUUUCGAAUAUUUCACACUAAGACGAUCCCUUAACUUAAGACCUUUGAGCGGCGAUCAUCCAAAAAUACAAAGGAAAUAUGAAAAGCUUUAUUAUCUGAACAACAGAAGUUGAAGCCUGCAUGAUCAUACAAUUACGCAAUUAUAUAUGAAAUCCGUAUAGCUAGACACUAAUAUUACUUGCCAAAUUUUAAUGAAUGUCGAAACUAUCCCUAAGUGUUUGACCCAAUAAAUUAUGUAGAAGUUUCUCAUAAAAUAGGUAAGUUCAAUCACAGCCAUGACACAGAAACACCGGAAAAGCAAGAACACAGCGCAGUUGAAAAAUUCAACAUUCCUAUUGUUGGCUUUAUGCAGUCAAAUUCAUAAUUGUAAUUUAGAAUAGACAAAAAAAAAGAAACAGAUAAUUAUUUGAUUAAUAUUUGAAGUUUGAAAUUCACAGUUAAUUAUCGUUUUCAGGUAAAUAUAUAUAUUUCGAUGAUGUGAUCUGAAUUAAUUUUUCGGGUUUAAAGAUCACCAAAAAUCACUAAAAACGUUCAAUCUUUUGUUGCAAUUGUAAUGUAUAAUAAUUUAGGGUCAUAUGAAAUUUUAAUAUAAAAUACUAACUGUUUAAUCAAAAGUUUCAUUAUAUUUUCAAGCAGUAAAGUGAGUUAUGCAACAAUAUAAGUAAAAAAAAAGAGAAAAAAUGCAACGGUGUUGAACAUUGUUUAUCAAUAUUAUUUAUUUAUAAUUUAUUUUAUUAAACUAACUUAUUUUAAUUUAUGAAUUUUCAUUUGCUUUAUUUCUUAACCCAGUUUUUAGUUGUUAUAAUAAGGAAAUAUCAGCUUUCCGCAGGAAUACUCAAAACUGAAUACGAGUAUGUAUGUACAUAAUCACAGACAUUUAUACAUGGAUAUUGAGUAUACACUUACUAUCAGGAGCGGACCCACGGGAGAGGGGAACUGCGGAGAGUUUUCCAUUUGCCCCGCUCCGCCGCAGAACCCUUCACUUUUAAACAUUAAAUAUUGUAUUAAGAAUUGCAAUAAAAAUGUAUGCGAUCUUUUGUAAUAGAGGUUGUUGUUUUUGUUGUUGUUGUAACGACAAAAUCCAUCCCUAGGUAAUUUCGAAGAAUGGUGCCGAGUUGGAUUAGAGGUGUUUUGUUUUUUCAAAGCGAUUUUUUUCAAACAGUAGCACUUCCAGUCUCCGCUGGAGAUUCUGCAAGGCAGCAUCUAUAGAAUUUGAGAAUUUGAUUUUUACAUAUGGAGUGUGUUAAGUUCUACUUUACAUGGCUAGCUAACAUUAUACCAUAAAAAGGAUUGGUAUUUAAAAUUGUGAUUUCUUUGUGCUUAUAAUUUUUUAAAAACAAAUAGGCUUUCAUUUUGUAAACAAAUUAAAUUAAUUUGAGUGGAAAUAAGAACACCUGUAAUACAACACAUGCAUGUGUUAAAAUGCUUUUAUAGUAUAUAGUAUAUCUGUACAUUUAUAUAAAAGACCGGCAUGAAUAAAUGUAUAAUAAAUUGUAAAACUUAUCAACAUACAGCUUGCUUGAAUUCAUUUGCUGAAUACUGAAAUAUGAUUUCGAAAUAAUUCUUAAAAUAAUUAAUAAUUCACUGAAGUUUCAUUUAACUUUUAAGACUAUAUACUAAUCGUGUUGAUGUAGUAUAUUACGCGAUUAGUCCAAAUUAAAAAAAUAAUAUAUAUACAUAUAUAUAUAUAAAUAAAUAAAUAAAUAAGUAAUAUACAUAACAUAAUUAUGAAACUAUUAUAACACAUGAAUUUAGCAAUGGAUGAAAUGAAGAAAAAACUAGAAUGGUCGAAAAAUAAUAAAAUAAAUAAAACAAAAAUUUAUAGAAUGUAUGUAUUAAUUCAAAAUACAUAUAUAAACAUAAAAUUGUACAGAGUUUUGAAUCAAAUUAAUUUUAAAAUCUAAUUAGAAAGUAACAUCAACCAGAUCGAGAAAAUAUAUGGAAAAGAAAUUAAAUUAGGAGCAUUCAUAGUAUUAAGUUUAACUCAUGAGUAUGAAUAUAAAUGAUUGUUAUGUAAGCAGAUAAUAAAGGAAAUACAUUUUGGCAAAAAACUCUAUGUUUUCGUAAGGGAGAUGAAAUUAAAACUAAUUCAACUCCAAAACAAGUUAUUUAUAAAUUUUUCCAAGAAGUCAAAACUUUUUCUUAUUAUACAAUUGUUUAGUGAGUCGAAUGCGGAAGAAAAACGAUAAAAUAGAUAAAUUUUUAUUUACAGUA